AUGCGCAAACCCAAAUACGUGCCUGCUCCGUCAGAUUUCGACCCGUUGCUGGCUCAAAUAUACAGAGGCAAGGCCCUUACGGACUCCAUUGCUACAGCGGAAGACAAGUGGCAUCUUUUGCCGGCUUUCCUCAAAGUAAAAGGUCUCGUCAAGCAACAUAUUGAUUCCUUCAACUACUUUGUCGACGUCGACCUUAAGAAGAUUGUCAAGGCCAAUGAGCGCGUUACGUCUGAUGUCGAGCCUCGUUUCUACCUCAAGUACACCAACAUUUGGGUCGAUACGCCGAAGCGUCUGGAACCAGAAAGCAUGGAACGCUCCAUAACGCCGCAUGAAUGCCGACUGAGAGACUUGUCGUAUUCUGCAACAAUUUUUGUCGAUAUUGAAUACACUCGAGACAACCAAGUGGUACGGCGGAAAGGCGUAUCAAUUGGCCGAAUGCCCAUCAUGCUGCGGUCCAAAAAGUGCAUCUUGACGGAUAAGACGGAAGCUCAGAUGGCGGAGAUGCUCGAGUGCCCACUGGAUCCUGGGGGCUACUUUGUUGUCAAGGGCACAGAAAAGGUCAUUCUAGUGCAAGAACAAUUGUCCAAAAACCGAAUUAUUGUUGAAGACUACAAGGGUAUCGUGCAAGCAUCCGUCACAUCCUCGACGCACGAGCGCAAAUCCAAAUCCUAUGUCCUCACGAAGAAGGGCAAAAUCUAUCUCAAGCACAAUUCUAUCGCUGAAGACAUUCCCAUUGUACUGGCGCUCAAGGCAAUGGGCCUUGUUGCCGACAAGGAGAUCUUUGAACUUGUCUGUGGACACGAUGAAGUCUACCAAGACUUAUUUGCCGUCAACCUUGAAGAAUGCGCGAAGCUUGGCAUUUAUACACAGAACCAAGCGCUCGAGUACAUUGGCUCCAAAUGCCGGAUGAGCCGGCAAAAGUCGCCGACCAAUGGGCCGCGUCGCGCUCCUCACGAGGAAGCCAUUGAAGUGCUUGCCAAUAUUGUUUUGGCACACGUCCCUGUUCACAAUCUAGACUUCCGCCCCAAAAUCGUCUAUUUUGCCAUGAUGGCGCGACGUGUAUUGAUGGCCAUGGCAAAUCCAAAGAUGGUCGAUGACAGGGACUAUGUUGGCAACAAGCGUCUCGAGCUGGCUGGCCAGCUUCUUUCUCUGCUGUUUGAGGAUCUCUUUAAGACCUUCAACUCCCAAUUCAAGGUCAACAUUGACAAGGUGCUUAAAAAGCCUAACCGGACGCAAGCAUUCGAUGCCUUCAACCAGUUCAACAUUCACAGCGACCACAUCACAACCGGCAUGAUUCGAGCAUUGUCCACUGGUAAUUGGUCACUCAAGCGAUUCAAAAUGGAGCGGGCGGGUGUAACGCAUGUCCUUUCACGGCUCAGUUACAUUUCUGCACUCGGUAUGAUGACACGCAUCUCUUCGCAAUUUGAAAAGACACGCAAAGUGUCUGGGCCAAGAGCAUUACAGCCUUCUCAGUUUGGUAUGCUGUGCACUAGCGACACGCCAGAAGGUGAGGCGUGUGGUCUGGUCAAGAAUCUUGCUCUCAUGACGCACAUCACCACUGAUGUCGAGGAACAGCCCCUCAUCCGCCUCAUCUACUGCCUGAAUGCCGAGAAUGUCACCUUCUUUUCUGGCAACGAGCUCUAUUCUGGCCUGAACCACGUUAUUUAUGUCAACGGUACACCGCUUGGCCUUACGCGCAACCACUUUGACUUUGUCAAUAACUUUCGUCGACUGAGGCGAGCAGGCAAGAUUUCAGAGUUUGUCAGUAUUCAUACAAACGACCACCACCGAGCUAUCCACAUUGCUGGAGAUGGAGGACGAAUCUGUCGGCCAUUGCUUAUCGUGGAACAAGGCCGAGCGCGAGUCACUGCCAAGCACUUGCGGCUCCUCAAAAGUGGUAAGCUGACAUUUGAAGACUUUUUGAAGCGCGGCUUGGUGGAAUACCUGGAUGUCAAUGAAGAGAAUGAUUCGUUUAUUGCCAUUCACGAACACGAAAUCUUGCCUGAAACGACGCAUCUCGAGAUUGAGCCAUUCACAAUUCUUGGUGCCGUAGCAGGCCUGAUUCCAUAUCCGCAUCACAACCAGUCCCCGCGAAACACGUAUCAGUGUGCUAUGGGCAAGCAAGCGAUUGGAGCAAUUGGAUACAACCAGCUCAAUAGGAUCGAUACGCUGCUCUAUCUCAUGGUCUACCCUCAACAGCCACUCGUCAAGACCAAAACGAUUGAGCUGAUUGGCUACGACAAGUUGCCUGCCGGUCAGAAUGCAACGGUUGCCGUCAUGUCUUACUCUGGCUACGACAUUGAGGAUGCGCUCGUCUUGAAUAAGGCAAGUAUUGACCGUGGCUUUGGCCGAUGUCAGGUAUUCCGCAAGAGUAUUGCUGUCAUCAAGAAGUACCCCAACGGAACCUACGAGCGGCUGGGCGACCCAACCAAUGACGAGGAUGGCAAGCGCAUCUGGAAGCACGCUGUCCUGGAUAAUGAUGGUGCUGCAGUGGUGGGUGCACGCAUCGAAUCCGGUCAAGUCUUCCUCAAUAAGCAGACGCCAGUCAAUGCUGCCGACAAUUCGAUUGCCCUGACGCAGCCAGCGAGCUCGCAGUACAAGGCGACCCCAGCAACGUAUAAAUCCGGCGAAGCUGGUUACAUCGACAAGGUCAUGCUAUCGGCCACUGAAUCGGAUCAAACGCUCAUCAAGGUGCUUAUUCGUCAAACACGUCGACCAGAACUCGGCGACAAGUUUAGUUCUCGUCAUGGGCAAAAGGGUGUUUGUGGGUUGAUCGUCCAGCAGGAAGACAUGCCUUUCAAUGACGAGGGUAUCAAUCCCGAUAUCAUCAUGAACCCGCACGGAUUUCCGUCUCGAAUGACUGUUGGCAAGAUGAUCGAGUUGCUUGCCGGCAAGGCAGGUGUGCUUUCAGGCAAGUUGCAAUACGGUACUGCUUUUGGUGGAAGUAAGGUAGACGACAUGUCGCGCAUUCUCAUUGAGAAAGGAUUCAGCUACAGUGGUAAGGACACCAUGACGUCUGGCAUCACUGGUGAACCCCUGCAAGCAUACAUCUUCUUCGGGCCAAUUUACUAUCAGAAGCUCAAGCACAUGGUUCUCGACAAAAUGCAUGCCCGUGCAAAAGGCCCACGCGCUGUGCUGACGCGGCAACCCACUGAGGGACGUUCACGCGAUGGUGGAUUGCGACUUGGUGAAAUGGAGCGAGAUUGUUUGAUUGCGUAUGGCGCAUCACAACUCCUGUUAGAACGUCUCAUGCUCAGUUCCGAUGCGUUUGAGGUGGAUAUCUGCCAAGAGUGCGGGUUGAUGGGUUACAAUGGCUGGUGCACACACUGUGAGUCUGCCAAGGCUUGUGUCAAGGUGACGAUUCCGUAUGCUGCAAAGCUGCUGUUCCAAGAACUCAUCAGCAUGAAUGUCGUUCCUCGGCUCGUUAUGGAAGACGAAUUUUAG